GAAGGGUUGAAUUGCUGCAUUCUCCUCCAGAUGAGUCAAGGGAAUGGUUUAUCUUAAAUUUCAAGAAAUGUGGCAUAAGAGUCAGCAAGUUUUUUGAAGUAGCCUGUUGGUGGCACAUUUUCCAAGCGUUUUGUACGGUCCAGCUUUAAAAAAUGGCGGAAGCUUGGAUGACCGAUAUGUUCAGAACAACAAAGUGGCCAUCGCCUCUCUAUUUGGAGUUGUUUCUACCAUCUUCCGGCAGAAAUUCGAAGAAGGAGAAGUGGUGAGAUAUCUUUGGUUGAUCGAUAAAAUAAAUUCUUGAUCCUGGAUCAAGAAAAGCUUGGCAAACGUUACUUAGCAUUUUCAAGCUAAGACGAACCGGGUUACUCUUGAUUACAAAACACUGAUAAUGCUGCUCAAGCAAAGAGUUGGUGAUGCCAAAAAAUAUAUCAAUGAACUUUGCAAGCAAGGAUUGGACACAGAGUGCUGUGUAUUCUGCAAAGUUAUUAAGGAAUGUGCCUCUCCUGAUGUUCCUUUUGGGGAAGCCUUUGCUGAGUGUUUCCUAAAGAGCAAAGCAAAUAUUGGGGGAUGGAAGGGGUUAAGAGAUGACUUGCUCUUUCUCCUUGAAGAGGAGCCAUGUGAUGUUAAUUUAUGUGCUCUGCCUGCAGUGUAUGACAUUUUAAUUUUUAAAUUCUGUGCACCCAUUGAAGUAAGGCAUAGUCAACAUUGUAUCAUUUAAAAAAAUCUAUUUUCUUGAAGUCUUA